AGCUUUGGGACGCAUCCUCCACGUACACACAGUUUCCCUCAGACCUGACCUAUAAGCAAAACCCUGGAGAUAAUGUUGGGUUUUGCGCCUCUGGGAAAGGACUUCUGACACAGAGAAAAUGCCUCAAGAUGAAAAGUCAAGUGAAAGAAAAAAGCGAGAGUUGAUUUUGACCUCAGAAUCACCGCACGUUUCCAAAACCGCAUGAAUUCCGCUGGAGACGCGCAUCACGGCACCGGAUAGCGGAGAGGAUAAAGGCGCACAGGAGCGCACAGACACCAGCACUCCCACCUUCAACAUGGACGGCUACUACAACUGGACGCUGACAUCUGAGAAUGGCAGCAUGUCCUCCUCCCAGCCCUACCCCAGGGACCACACCUAUAACAAUACCUCAGAGGCUGCUGCGCCAAUGCCCUUCAGCACAGUCACCGCAGUCGUCUACACCAUUGUCUUCAUUGUGGGUCUUCUGGGAAACACGCUGGUCAUAUAUGUGGUGGUUCGCUACACCAAGAUGAAGACUGUAACCAACAUGUACAUCCUCAAUUUAGCGUUGGCGGAUGAACUCUACAUCCUGGGAAUUCCCUUCCUUGGCACCAACAGUGCACUUUCCUACUGGCCGUAUGGGGACUUCUUCUGCAAGGUGUGCAUGACUGCAGAUUCCAUGAGCCAGUUCUCCUCCACCUUUUGCCUGACGGUGAUGAGCAUCGAUCGCUACCUGGCUGUGGUUCAUCCUAUUCGCAGCGCCAAAUGGCGGAAGCCACAGGUGGCCAAGAUUUUUAAUUGCAUGGUGUGGGUCGUGUCCUUUCUGAUCGUGCUGCCGGUCACAAUCUACUCACAUGUACAGGAGGAGUUCAACACCUGCAACAUAACCUGGCCUGAGCCACGGGAAUUGUGGUCUAUUGUCUUCAUCCUCUACACAUCCAUCCUGGGCUUCUUUGGUCCUCUAUUUGUCAUCUGCCUCUGCUACCUGCUCAUUGUCAUUAAGGUGAGGUCAGCAGGUGCACGUGCAGGCCUGACUAAGCGACGCAAGUCGGAGCGUAAGGUGACGCGCAUGGUGGUGAUCAUCGUGUUGGUGUUUGUGCUUUGUUGGAUGCCCUUCUACACUACCAACAUCGUCAACCUGUUUCAUACCAUUCCUGAGAACAACACCACCGCUGCUGUCUACUUCUUCCUGGUCAUCCUCACCUACGUCAACUCCUGCGCCAACCCAGUCCUCUACGGGUUCCUCUCUGACAACUUCAAGCAGAGCUUCCAGAAGGUGCUCUGCUUCCACAAACCAAAUGGCGUUGGCAUGGCAGGCCAGGUGGGAGGUAGACAGACUUCACCCAAGGAAAACCACAAUCCUGGUUUCUCACCCAGAAACCCAGCGCAGAAUGGAAAACCGCAGAGCAUUCAGCAGCCUAUCCAGAUGGAGGUUAUUGAAGACCUUGACAAUGAGCCUUUAACUUUGAAGACAGAGUUGAACGGCCAGGGAUCAAUAUGAAUUUUCAAGCAGACCCACCAUGUAAAUGAACGAUACAACAUGGGACUCCUGGACCUUUUCUUGAGUGGUAUUUACUGUCUUUAUUGCUGAUCCUCCCACUCUGACUGGAACAUUUGUGGAGAGGACCAGAGGAACAAAGUAGGAGAGAAAACGACAGACAUCAUAUCAUCACAAAUCUCAGCAUUUUUGUUCUUCUUUGUACUGUAUCUAGGUUGGCUGCAUUGUACAAAGCAUUAGUUUAUGUCAAGAUGAAAGAUCUCAGUACAAAACAGUUAUGACACUUUUAAGUGCUGUAAAUUCUCAAAAUGAUUUACUUUAACUACAGAGAAAACUAGACUUUUAUUUUCAGGCAGACUUAUAGUUGAUCAUAUUCUAAUAAGAAACCUUGUUUUCUGAUCUGUUUCAUUUGUUGAUGAUACUUCUUGCUAUUAAUUCAAACCCAACGCUUCUCUGUUAUCUUGAUAAAUUCAGUAAAAUGUACAUUUCACAGCACUAACAUACAUCCAUGCAGGAAAGUGUUGACAGUGGGAUUCAAGGAUACAAUACAGGAUUGCACAAUAACUGUCGUACAAGCUAGCUUCACACGAAUGACUAGAACUAAUCAAUAAGUGAGGACAGUAUUUCUGUUCAACCUGGUCUUAAUCCGAAGUCGUUAAAAACUGGUGCUUGGGCACUGACUUACGCUGUCAGACACUGGGAAAAAAAGCCGUCCUUUCACGUCAGCAUACUACCACCAGUCGCCAUUUUUGGCUAGUGGCGAUCUGUGGCAUUGAAACGUGACGGGACAACAACAAAGGUUAAGGGGGCAAAAAGUCUGACUUCCGCUGGGGUGAGCGGUGGUCUAACAACCACAGACUUUCCAACCCCACUCCAAUAUCAUCAAAAUCCGGCGCUUGGGCAUUGACUUGCGGCGUCAGACACUGAUGAAAAAAGCCGUCCUUUUACGUCAGCAUGAUACGUGGCCAGCUGGUAGUUUAAGGGCGCUCAGCUGCGUCUGGGGGAAACGUGGCGGGACAAGAACGAAAGUUACAGUGGCAAAAGUGCAUGUAGGGCAGGUGGG